CUGAUGGAACAGAAUGACGGAAGAUGCAGAAAACGUACUUAAUAAUGACCUUGGUGAUGGUAGAAUUUGCCAGUAAUAAAUAUUAGGCCGAAGGAGUGACAGGUACCAGACGCAGUAGCCCCGUCACUUGUCAUUUGGCGCGCUUUCUCGCUCGUGGGGUUUGUUUACAUCAGGACCUGAGAGGCAGUAGAGGGAGACGCCUCAGUGCCUCUUAUUAUCCUCUCCCUUCUCCUUUUCCUGCUGUGUUCACCCUUGUCGCUGGCACGGCGGGACGGUGUGUGCGCCGCCCCUGCUGACGCCUUGCCCGCUGCCCCGAGAGCCGCGCUGCUGGGGGGAUGUGCGGCACCUCCUCCCUGCCCGCACUGCUGAGGUGAGACAACCCUAGGCGGCGGGAAGCGUGAUGCAAUCUUGACACUAAUAUAAGGGCUGAGACUGAUUCUGUACUGAGGGAGGGGAGACAACAGCAUGGAAGACCCGGUGAGUCCUUCGGCAUCCAUGGGAUCGCUGUGGGAGGCCAGCUCUGCUACCAGCGGGGACUCUGGCAACCUGUAUGAGGACCUGGAGAGCCCGUGUGGCUCAGACAGUGAAGUGAGUGACUCGGACAUUUUCCAAGAGCUGGGAGUGGUGGGAAAUCUAGAGGAAAAGUUACCUGCCAGCAAGGAAAGUUUCGAGGCUGAAGAAACGACAGAUAAAGAAGAGGACCCUAAUGACAGAACUAUUUGUGAGAGUACAGCGAGCCACCAAGAUGCACCCACUCACAACAACGACGCUACACCACAGAUGGAAAAGGAAGAAUGCAAGAAAAAAGAGAAAACCAAGAACUCACUAAGAAACAGUACACUAGUCUCAGAAAAUAGUACCCCCAAAAGUGUAAUACCACCAGAUUCUCCAAACACCAGAAGCAAAAUGAGGAAGCUCCAGCAGAUUGAGGCAAAAGAAAGCAUUAGAAAAUUGACCCUUGAAACCCAGGCAAAGGAGUUGAACAGUAAUGAUGGCUGUUUGACCGAGCAAGGAGAUGGAAGCCAAAAUGGAGCCCAAACCAAAGACCCUGACCAAACCACUCCACUGACACUCCCUUUGGCCAGUAAGAACAAGGACCUGCAGUUUAUCCUGUCGCGUGUCAUAAAAAAUAGAUCAUCCACGGAAAAGAAAGAACCCAUUCCCCCUGAUCAAGAAUUAAACCCCGGAAGUGGACCGACUGCCCAGAAUAAGAACGAGAGUGGAGAAAAUAAGUUUGUAUCGCAAGUAAGUGGAAGAAGCAGUGUAGAUACAGCAAUGAAAGAGAAGAAAAAAGGAGUACACACAAUGGGCACAGACAGUAGAAGUUGUGUUGUGAGAGAGACAAGAGGGACGAGAGACCCAGUGUCAAAAGUACAUGGAAGAAGCGGUUUAGAUACAGUGAUGAAAGAGAAAGAUAUGAAAAAGGAAAUACAAGCAAUGGAAACUGAUAGUAGUGGUUGCAUUACAAGAGAGGCAGUAGAGAUGGGAGAGUUGUCAGGAUCUGCCGGAAGUGAACCAGCAAAUGAUAACGCGAUCGGUUUAGUCGACAAGAUAAUGUGUAUGGCAGGAUUUUCCCAGCGUCCCACCGCCGCCGACUUCAUGGCGGAGACGAACACAGGCAAAAAGUACAAGAUUCCAAAGCUGUCCAAAGCCCCAAAGAAAACUAUAAGCAGCAAGGAGGAGGAGGACAAUCAGAUGGACUUGUUUGAGGAUAUUCUUGUGGGUCGCGACAGAGAUGAGCUCAUGAAGGAGAUAGAGAAGCUGAAGAUAGAACGGGACAGCCUCCAGCAGAGCCGCCACACCUUACAGGAGCGCUGUUCAGGGCUGGAGAAGGACAACGAGGUCCUUCUCAAAAACAUGUCCUCCUUGUGGAAAACCUCCAUGGCCCAGUUGCGGCAAAAGUCCAAUGAGCUGGCGGCCGCGAAGAGAGAGAAGGAGGCGAUUAUCUUCCGCCGAGCCAUGCGCCAGGUGCCCAGGGAUGAGCUGGACCGCGUCGCCUCGCACAUCGCUGCCUACGACAAGGAGGAGUUUGCGGAGUUCAUCAGUAAACUAAGGGAGAAGGACGAAGACGGCGGAACGAAGGAGUGUAUGUGUGGAAGAGGAACACCGACCACCAGGAGGUUCGGAACUGCCGCCCAGAGAGUGAGGGAGGCGGCACUAGGGUCGCGGCUCAGCCCUUCCUCCGACAGUGAAGCUCAAACCCUCAGAACACUGCUCGGGAGGAAGGGAGAGACGGUGACCCACUCAGAAGAAAAACCUGAAUCCUGGAGUAAGAAGAGAGGCCUCACACGCUCCCCCAAGUCCCAAAGGCGUCUCUUCGCGAGUGAGAGCGGUCCACCAGAGUCCGAGGGGAGCCGAUCUAUAUGGGACCGCCUGGGAAGGAACCCUCUGGACCGAAGAAAGAGUGGCAUUGAGGAUGAGAGAAAGGAGAGACACACCGAGAAGGGAAGAGGUGCCAGUGAGGAGUUUGGUAGCAGGAAUCGUACAGAGAAGGGAAGAGUUGCUGGUGAGGAAAGAGCUAGCAAGACGCCUUUAUCAGAAUCUACAGGAGGUAAGAGGAAGAGUGUGUUCUCCAGACUGAGCAUCAAGAGGACCGUUAAUAACCAAGAGGAUAGUGCCAGUGUCAAGAGUAAUGCACCUGUUGAUAAUGAUUUGGCUGUCCCAGAUUCUCAUCCGGACUCAGAAAUACCUCGGGAGAAAACAGGGAAGAGAAAUGAAGCGAAAAGGACAGUGACGUUAGGUGAUCAGCGUGGAAUGAAAGCAAGGUCUUCCGAGAGUUGCGUAAAUGAACCUCCGAAAGACAUCUCAACAACACUCAAUAAGCCUCCUGAUGUAUAUGCCAGCCCAUCCCUCAACCCAGACAGGACGGACACGGCAUUAUCGGCCCAAGAGCUAGAAGAUGAACCAGAAUAUUGUCCCGGCGAGGAUGAGGUAAUGCUAAGUAAAACACUCUUUGGCCAGAGGAUGAGGAGAAGGAUGGAGAAACUACAGAAACCAUCUCCAGUAACAAAGCCACUAAAAGAUCUUCCUGUUCUUUCUAGUCCAGUUGUAAGUCAGGACAAGUCUUCAGAGGCUACACAACAACACAAACAGCUCCCACUACAAGAUGAGGUGAAGCCAGUAACCAACAGUCCUGCUAUGAACACAAGAAAGCCAGUGUCUGUUGAAUCUAUGAAUGUGGAUACGGUUACCAAUAUAGCUUUUGAUGAGGGUGAACCAGCAGCCAACAGUCCUAGGAAUAUAAGGAAGGCAGUGUCUGUUGAAUCUAAAAAUGUGGAUGCAGUUACCAAUAGAGCUUUUGAUGAGGGUGAACCACUAGCCAACACCCCUGCUAUAUAUACAAAAAGGUCAGUGUCUGUUGAAUCAAUGAAUGUGGAUACUGUUACCAAUAGAGCUUUUGAUAAGGGUGAACCAGCAGCCAACAGUCCUGCUCUGAACACAAGAAAGUCACUGUCUGUUGAAUCAAAGAGUGUGGAUACAGUUACCAAUAGAGAUGAAGGUGACAUGAGCCAAGAAAUCUUAAAACAUGACGUUCAGAAGGAUAAAGAACCAGUGGAAGAUAAUGAAAGUGGGAUGAGAAAGAGUCAGUCAUCGGUGCAGAAGGACAGUGAUGGAGGAAAGACUGAAGGGCUGAAAGAAGCUGAUGUAUUGAAAGCUAAGAAAGUCAAGGAAGUUACAGAGAAAGGAAGAAAUAGUGAAAAUAUUAGUGUGGCUGUAAAGGAAAGUGGAAGAAGGUGUGAAGAUGAUAGCGUAAAACAAAAUCCUGAAACUGAGAAGGAGGAAAAUGAGAGUGUAGGCAAUGAGCAGGUUAUGGAAAGCACUGAGAAAACCUUGACCACAGAACAUGAGGCAAAACAGGAGGCUGCAAGAGUGGAGAAGCCUGACUGUGAGGAUAUAGAUAGUGAGGAGAUCAACACUGCUAUUAUGUCUCUGGCCAAGCUUCGGAGUGCCUUCCAUAGCGAGGAGAGGAAAGUUAAAACCAAAACCAAGAAGCUGAAGAAGCAGAAACGGCUCAGUCUGUUCGGGGGAGGCGACUCCAGCGACGAGGAUGAGAUGGCCGGCGAGGAGGCCUGUAAGGAGAACCAGGAAACGGAGACACGCCAGAAAGCCUCCUCAGGGAACAUGGCAGCCACGGAAAAACUAGAAAUUGAGGGAAACGUGAAAAAGAAGUCCGUGAACCUGUUAAACAUAAGUAGGGAGAUGGAAGAGCUGCUGGACAUGGUGGAAAAUGCAGACUGUGAGAACUUUAACAUAGAAAUGAAGCAAAUGGAAAAGGGUGUGGCUGAGAGCAAAACCGAGCAUACAGAAAUAGAUACUAACAAAAAAAGCCUCAAGGAAACAAAAGCAAGCAUAGUCGCACAUCAGGUUCAAGUUCAAGAGGCUCCCAGUGAAAAAGUUGAAAUCACAGAGAGGAAAGGAAGGAGUAAGUCAUUGAAGAAGACCUCAACACCCAAGUCCAAACAUACAGGAAUAGAUACUAACAAAAAAGACCUCAAGGAAACAGAAGCAAGCAUAGUCGCACAUCAGGUUCAAGUUCAAGAGACUCCCAGUGAAAAAGUUGAAAUCACGGAGAGGAAAGGAAGGAGUAGGUCAUUGAAGAAGGCCUCAGCAUCCAGCAACAAAAAAGGCCUCAAGGUAACAGAAGCAAGCAUAGUCACACAUCAGGUUCAAGCUCAAGAGGCUCCCAGUGAAGAGGUUGAAAUCACGAACAGGAAAGGAAGGAGUAGGUCAUUGAAGAAGGCCUCAGCAUCCAGCAGCAAGAAAGGCCUCAAGGAAACAGAAACAGGCAUGGUUGCACAUCAGGUUCAAGCUCAAGAGGUUCCCAGCGAAAAAGUUAAAAUCACGGACAGGAAAGGAAGGAGUAGGUCAUUGAAGAAGGCCUCAGCGUCAAACACAGAGGAAGAAGAAAACAGGAGUACAGAGAAGGAACCCACAUCUGCAGAGGACAAAAACACUCAGAAGAUACCUGUGAAACGUGCCAAAUUAAAAAAGGAACCAAAUAAGAAAGGUAUUGAAGAGGCAACCACAAAGAAUGACGACCAGCAAAUAAAAGAAACCACAAAGAAAGAUGGAAAGAGGAAUACUGAUGAUGAGGAGACAAAGGAGAGAAGAAAGACAGAAGACCAGAGUCGGAAAGUUGAUCGGCAGACGAGAGCAAAAACAAAGGGAGAUUCAAGGGAGGAAGAUGAGAGCAAGAAAGUCAGCCAACAGAGAAAGGAGAGAACGAAGAGAGACUCGAGGGAAGAAGUCGAGGAGAGGAAGGACGCUGAGCAGACAAAGGAAAGCACUAAGACGGGAGGGGAGGAGAAUGAGGGUAGAAACAUUGACCAGCAGAGAAGAGAAAGAAGAAAAACAGCCUCGAGGGAAGAGGAUGAGAAGAAAAUGGUUGAUGAGGAGACCAAGGAAAGCACAAAGGCAGGAAGGGAGGAAAAUGAGGGUAGGAACGCUGAUCAACAGAGAAGAGAAAGAAGAAAAACAGCCUCGAGGGAAGAGGACGAGAAGAAAAUGGUUGAUGAGGAGACAAAGGAAAAAACAAAAACGGGAAAGGAGGAAAAUGAGGGUAGGAACACUGAUCAGCAGAGAAGAAGAAAAACAAACUCAAAGGAAGAAAAUGAGAAGAGAAAGAUUGAUGAACAGACAAAGGAAAGCACAAAGGCAGACUCAACAGAGGAAGGUGAGAGAAAGCAGAGAAGAGAAAGAAGAAAAACAAACUCAAAGGAAGAACAUGAGCACAGAAAGGUUGAUGACCAAACAAAGGAAAGCACAAAAACAGACUCAACGGAGGAAGGUGAGACAAGGAAAACAAGAAAAAUAAGAAAAACAGCCUCGAGGAAUGAAGAUAAAAGUACAAAUAUUGAUCAACAGACGAAAGAAACCACAAAAACAGACAUAAACGAGGGAGAUGAGAGCACCAGCACCUGCCAGCGCACACAGGCAAAGGGACCUCCCUCCGACAAAAGACUAAAGCAUAACAAAUCAUCAGCGCACGAGAGCACCACCGAGAUCCCUGAAGACAGCACACGGCCAUCGCAGAACAAAGACGAGGGAAGGAAAAGUACCAGCAGAAAAGACAGCAAGAGGGAAAAGGACGUCUGCAAAACAAGAAAAUCAAAGAGAACCACUAAAGGAAAGUCUGACGAAAGUACGGACGCCGUGAGAUCUUCCAAACUACCGAGAGGGAAGAAAGUGGAAGCUCUGAGCCGCACUCCCACACCAGACACCAGUGGAGCUCUCGGGAGUAUUGAUGAGGUUGAAACGAAUGCUCUUGAUGGAAUGAACUUCAAACCCCGAGCUGAAGAUAAGAGAGCGGAAAAUGCAUCUUCGGUAACUGAUACGAAGAGCUUCGAACCCCAAACGGAAGAUCACGGGGCUGAAAGUGUAUCUCCAGUAACUGAUAUGAUGAGAUUUAAACCCCGAACUGAGGAUCAUGAGGCAGAAAACGCAUCUUCGGCAACUGAUACAACAAGCUUCAAACCCCAAACGGAAGAUCUCGAGGCAGAAAACGCAACUUCGGUAACUGAUACAAUGAACUUCAAACCCCAAACGGAAGAUCUCGAGGCAGAAAACGCAACUUCGGUAACUGAUACAAUGAACUUCAAACCCCAAACGGAAGAUCUCGAGGCAGAAAACACAACUUCGGUAACUGAUACAAUGAACUUCAAACCCCAAACAGAAGAUCUCGAGGCAGAAAACGCAACUUCAGUAACUGAUACGAUUAGCUUCAAACCCUUAACUGAAGAUCAGGAGGCAGAAAACGCAACUUCGGUAACUGAUAUGAUGAGCUUCAAACCCCGAACUGAGGAUCAUGAGGCAGAUAACGCAUCUUCGGAAGCUGAUACAAAUGCCGUCCAACAGCGACAAGACCACCAAGCUAAUGAGGACAACAACACAGGUAAAGAGAACGAAGGAGCCAUUGAAGAUAACCCACAAGAGAGCAAGGAGGAAACAACUACACAGAAAGAGAUAAAUGCAACUAAAGAAUCUGUCGGGGCAAGAGAGAACGAUCAAGCCACAUCGGAAGAACCACAGACUGUACAAAACAUGAAAGAUACUGAACGUGAGAGUCCUAACAAGAGCAGCCAUGAGAGUGAUGUCCGUGCUGUAGACCCAAGUGAGAACGCCAGUAAGGACAGCUUGGAGGAGGACGGCCAGGAGACGGACAUCCUGACGAGCCUGCUGGGGACGAACUACGACGAAGACAGCCUUUUCUAUCAGGAGGAGGAGUUGCUGUAUGAUGAAGGCAGUGAGGAGGAGGAAGAGAAACAUGAUAAAAAUGAGAGUGCGGGAAGAAAAGGACAUGAGGAAGAAGAGUCUCAGAAAAGCAAAACUGAUUCCAGGAAACAUGACAGAAAAGACGAACAGGAUAAAGGAGGACAUGAGAGGAUGAUGAGAGAGGCAGACAAGAUUAGCUCCAGGGAUGAGGAACAAGACAUCAGGACCAGAAACUCCCCUCAAGAAGACAAGGGAGACAAGACAAGCCACACCACACUCCCUUUCCUCAACCCACCAUCACAGAAACUCAAGCUGCCGGGUGGAAGGAUAAAGAAACUAACCACAAGCCCCCGAGACAAGGGUUCCAGGGGCAUUGAGGAGGGUGUAAGUCCCUUGUUGGUGAGGGGAGGGAGGAGAGGGGAGAAGCCUGAAGUGAGGGCGUCCAGGGGUGAAGGUGAGUCUCCUCGUUCGCAAGGGAAGAGGAAGGAGACACCAGAGAAGGGCCGCAGGACUAGGGAGGCACGGAGCUCUCACGUUCUCCUGUCCCAGAAUAGGAAAAGUCCCCCUAGGCUGAGAGAAGGCAGACUGGGCACAAGGAAGAGGGAGAGAGUGAGUGAAUCGGACACCCCAGGGAAGAGAGAAAGAUCCCCCAGAACAAGAGGAGAGAGGAGUUCCCCGAGGCAGAGAGAGGUCUUGGACGAGAGGGAGCAGCCGGCCAGCAAGAGGAGGAGAGUAUCGGUGAAGAGUCGUCUUACAUUCCGACACAACAGCGACGAGGAGAACAUCACGAGGCCGGCAAGGAGGCAGUCGUCAGCCCUGGAGGUGGAGAGAACAAGGACAAGCUCGAGACACAGGAACCAGUCUGGGGAGAAGAGACCUGCAGCUGACACACACACACACACGAGGGAGUCCAGUCAGCAGGAUGGCGCCCAGCUUUCCUCACUGACGGACGGAAAACCCAAGAUCUCAACCAGUGCUGUGCCUGUCGACAGCAAGUUGCUGCAGAGCGUCCUGGCCCAGUCACCCUCCAAGCUCAUGGCUCAAGGGGAUGAGAAGGAGGAAGGAGAACUUGAUGAUGAGGAGGAAGAGGAGGGAGAAGACCGCACUGAUAGAAAGACCUGUGACUCAGAAAAAACGAAGGUGAGUGACACGAAAAGGCAGACUGAAGUAUUAAAGGACGCUGGUAAGAACAAGGCAAAGAGAAGCAGUAAAGAAAGACAGAGCGUUUCCCCAGACAACAGAGAUAUGCAAGGUGGCAAAGCUAGCAAAACAGACAAGCAAAACACCUCAAUCAGUACAAAUAAGGAAGAGCCAAAGCUGGGAGAUGUAGAAACUUGUAACCUCCCCCAAAACCAAGCUAGUCAGGAUAAGCAGCGCCAUAAGUCCGGUGGUGCUGUUGAAAGAGUAAACAGUCCCAGAUCCAGCCAAAGGAUAAGGAACAGCAGCAAUAACCAGCAGCCAACCAGCCAGACCAAACCUCCGACAUCUAGGAAAAAGUUGACCCUCUCGGAAACACUCACAGACCAUGAGACUGAGGAGCCCAAGAGGGAUGGAAAAGGGGCCUCAGAAUGUGCCUCAACUACUGAAGAAGAGGACCAGACACAUAGGAAGAGCUGUACCCCAAGGAAUGAGAAUGCAUUGAGGAAAAGGUCGCCCCUCUCGGAACCACUACCAGACCAUGAAAUUGAAAAGCCCAAGAGAGUUCGAAAAGAUGCCUCAGAACUUGCAUCAGCCAUUGAAGAGGAGGGAAAAAAAGUUAAGAGUUGUACACCUAGAAAUGAGAAUGCCUUGAGGAAGAAAUCACCCCUCUCAGAAGCCCUCCAAGACCAACAAGAGACUGAAAAAGACAUUGAACUACACUCCUCAGCUAUUGAAGAAGAUGACCAAAAAUCUAAACGUCAUUCACCAAGGAAGGAGAAUGCCCUGAGGAAGAAGUCACCCCUCUCAGAAGCCCUCCAAGACCCAAAACACUCGCUAGAUAUUGAAGAAGAGAACGAGAAACAAAGGAAGAGUCACACACCACUGAGUGAGAAUGAGUUAAGGAAAAGGUCACCGAACUCAGACGUCCUCCAUGACCAAGAACACUCGCUAGAUACUGAAGAAGAGAAUCUGCAACAAAAGACUCAUGCACCACUGAAUGAGAAUAAGUUAAGGAAAUGGUCGCCCAACUCAGACGCCCUCCAAGACCAAGAGAUUGAAGCACCCAAGAGGGACGGGAAAGGUGACCUGGAACACGUUGAAAAGGCCGAACGAGAUCAACAACGCAAGAGAAGGAGUUGUGCCCCGAUGGACGAGGACGCCACUUUCUACCCCGGCGAUCUAUACAGGGCAAUGCAGGCCAAGGCAAAGAAGGCUCAACUCCGCAAAGACCCAUCGGCCUCGUCCAUCUCCUCGCUGAGUGACGACACCAUCGACCUCUUGGUUAGGCAGCACAAUGAAAAGUUCUCUGAUGUCACCAACGCCAGCGAUGAUUCCGAGACGUCCCUCCUCAAGUACAUUGCAGAUGACGAUGAUGAUGAUAAUGAUGGUGAUGAUGAGAGCGAGAGUGAGAGUGAGGAAGAAAUUGAUGUAGAUGGUGAUGUAGAUACUGUAGAAGAGAAGGAAACUAAUAAGGAUAACAAGAGAGAAAACGAAGGAGAGUUUGAAUUUGAGGAUGAUGGGAAACAGAUUGAAAUGUAUAAUAGUGACGACGAAAGUGAGACUGAGGAAGAAGUUGAAGUUGACGAUGAUGUAAGGGCAGUAGACGAGAACAAAACUUAUGGAAUUAACAAAAGGAAGGAAGCGGAGAUUGAAUACAAGGAUGAUCGAGAACAAGCUGAAAUGUAUAGCAGUGACGAUGAAAGUGAGACUGAGGAAGAAAUUGAAGUUGACGAUGAUUUAGAUGCAGUAGAAGAGAACAAAACACAUAGAACUAACGAGAGAGAGAACGAAGGUGAGAUUCAAUACAGGGAUAACACUACAGGCCAGAACAAAGGUAACAAGACCAUGAAACAGGACACUAAGCAGAGACCCACACUGGAACAAGGAGAGUCUGCCAGCACUGCACAUCCCACCUUACCUUACCACAGGGACACAACACCGAUGGAUGAGUGUGAGUCAGAGGAUGAGUCAAGUUCUGCGACCUCCCCUGAGAGUGCUCCAGGGGUCAGUCAACGGAACUCGGCAACCCCAGUCUUCAUGGAGCAGCACGAAUCCGACAGUGAGGAUGAGGAACGCAGUGAAGAGCAGAACAGGGAGCACGAUUCUGACAGUGACGGAGAAGGCAGCGAAAGUCGGAGCACACGGAACACACCAACGCCAGCUUCUGCAACACACCAUUCUGACAGUGAGGAGGAAUGCAGUAGGGAACGAAACACUGCAACACCACUUUCUCCAGUUUCUGCAACACACCAUUCUGACAGUGAGGAAGAAGGGAGUGAAAAUCAGAACUCUCACUCACCAAUUUCUGAGAUGCAACAUUCUGACAGUGAGGAAGAGGAAGGGAGUACAGAACGGAACACUCGGAACACUCCCACACCAGCCUCUAUGACACACCAUUCUGACAGUGAGGAAGGGAGUGAAAGUCGAAGCACUCGGAACACUCCAACACCAGCCUCUGCAACACACCAUUCUGACAGUGAAGAAGAGGAAGACAGCCGAAAACGGAACACUCGGAACACUCCCACGCCAGCCUCUGCAACACACCAUUCUGACAGUGAAGAAGGGAGUGAAAAUCAGAACUCGCUCUCACCAAUUUCAGAGAUGCAACAUUCUUACAGUGAGGAAAGCAGUAGGGAGCGGAACACUCGAACACCCGUCACUGAGGUCCAGCAUUCUGACAGUGAGGAGGAGGAGGACUGCGCCGAAGGUUCUGUUCAUUCCACAGCCGAUGCUUUCCUGCCAGACACCUCCGAGGAUGAAGACAUGAGCUCCAGUGAAGAGUCAGAAUUGGAUGUGGAAACGGUUGACAGCGAACCAGAACAGCCUGCAAAAGAAGUUCAGCAAAGUGGCCUUUCUGGAAGCAUGCCUCUUGACCAGCAUUCUAGUGAUGGGCCAAAAGAUACAGAUGACACAGAAUUAGCCACAGAGUUACCCACAGCGCCACUUGAUGAAGGCAGAGUCACCACAGAAACUCAAGACGUUGGUAAUAACUCUAGUAGCUCUGAUGAUUCUGACUCGGAUAGUGACUGUCAGUGUAGUGAUUGUAACAGCAGUAGUAGCAGCAGCAGUGGUAGCGACAGUAGCAGCUCCAGUUCAUCAGACUCGGAAGAGGAAAGUGCAGUGGUGAAAGAGGCAGAGGGUGUUAGAAGUCCCAAGCUUACUGGUGAAGACUUUGAGGAGGAAUCACACGGCCAGGCAUCCAGUCACUCUUACGCUGACCCACCAACACAAGCUCCCGACAAACCAAAGUCUCCCAAUGAAACCAGCCGCAAGACUCCCAGGAAGACACCUAAGAAGACUCCCAGUAAGACUCCCAACGCAAAACUGGGAGGCUCACAAAACAGUACAACACCUUUCAAGAAGACCCCAAGAAAAUCCCCUUGUAAGAAAACACCAUGCAAGAAGUCUCCGCUCAAGAAGGCUCAAGGCAAAGCACCAAAAAAGAACAGAAGAGUUCCUGUGUGCCCUCCUGCUGCCAGCCCAGUGAAGGAACCUCAAGCCACCUUCCUCGCCUCCCCAGUCGCGGAGAAUUUUAUUGACAACUCGAGUGAAGCUGUUGACAAUACUAGGAUUCUAAGCCCGCAGAACACCCAGCCAAGGGACACUACCAGGAUUCUAAGCCCUCAGAACACCCAGCCAAGGGACACUACCAGGAUUCUAAGCCCCCAGAACACCCAGCCAAGGGACACUACCAGGAUUCUAAGCCCUCAGAACACCCAGCCUAGGAUUCUAAGCCCCCAGAACACCCAGCCUAGAAACACUACCAGGAUUCUAAGCCCUCAGAACACCCAGCCGAGGAUUCUAAGCCCUCAAAACACCCAGCCAAGGAUUCUAAGCCCCCCAAACAUCCAGCCAGUCCCAGAUGCUGAGACACCUCUUGGAAGCCAGGUGACAAAGCAUCCCGAAGGCCCAGGAAAGACACAGCAGAAGAGCACUACGACCCCUGUGUCAGGUCGUGGCUCCUCGCUGAGUAAGGGUCAUCAGAGGCAGGUCACUCCUCUCCCUAACAUGCCCAACAGCCAAAGUUUCCAGUUAAAACAAAAAAUUAGUCCCAUAGAUUCCAGUCCCAUCAGCAAGACAUUCUAUUUGAAGAGGAGAGUGUCCUCUUUAAGAGUCGCAAAUGCAGCUCCUUCCAUGCCUCUCAUUGACACCGGUAUUGUUCCUGUCAAAGGCAGAUCAACAAUUGCCGCAAGUCCUAGUCGAACAGUGAAACUUUCCUGCUCAAACGACUCCCCUGUGAUAUCCGUGGUGCACAGCAGACAGGGUGAGGAGAGUGAGGCCCCUCAGAGAGCAGCCGUCAGGACUCCCAAGAAGGUGGCCCAGGAGGUGAAGGUGCCCACCCCUACAAGUAACAAGCCGGUCGCUGCCAAGAAGCGCCAGCGUCCUCCAAGCCCGGUGCUAUGUGAUGCAAGGAACUCCUCAGGCAAGCGACUGCGAACCCUCUCCCCGUCCAUGUACGACAGUGUGUCUCCCAGGAAGCUGUUCUCAGAUGCUACUAAUGUGAAGCAGAAGGCUGUCACGAUUACACACUCCAACCCUGAGAGCAGCUCAAGCCCGUCUGACAGCAGUACCAAAGCCAGCAUCAGUAAGGAGGUUGUCGUACCAGUGACCAUCCGCAGAGCCAAGAGGCAACUCAAUCUUCAGUUAUCCACCUCACCGGCAAAGCACUUCUCCUUCAUCAGCGCAUCAGACCAGGAGGACAGCACGUCACCAUCACGCCCGAGGGAAGGUGGCAGCACAGGGCAGGCUCUUCGGAAGAGUCCCAGGAAGUCUAAGCGGGUCACCAAGCUGAACUUGUAGUACAAAUAUCUUGCUGUGCUUUCCCUGCAGCAGCCUGUGUACAUAGUGAGGCCGAAAUGGAGGAUGUGGCAUGUCCUCGCCACCCGCAUGGAUCUUUUUACAAGUCAUUGGAAGAGGAAAGUGCUCUGUACAGUUAUAUUUUUUUAUGUAAAUAAUAAAUUUGUAUUGAUUUGUU